UAAACCGGACAAAGAAUUCACUUCAUACCCACAAAACCCUUUCCUCUUCUCUCUCUGUCUAGGGUUUUUACUACUGAACUGUAACCUAAGCUUUCUCCCAUAACUAAAAAUAAUCAUGGCUUCGUUUAGGGUUUUUGGCAACAAAUGCAGAGCUCUAAUGGCUCCGGCCAAGUCCGCCGCCGCCUCCACCUCCACCUCCACCUCCACCUCCACCUUCUCCUCCACUCCUAAAGCUACCAAAACCACUACCGCUACAAAGGCCAAAUCUGGCAACGCUGGCAUACUCAAGGUCCAAAAUGUCUCCCCUGCUCUCGCCAAGUUCAUCGGUUCCUCCGAAGCGUCCCGCUCUGGUGCCGUCAAGAAAAUCUGGGAGUAUGUUAAAUCGCACAACCUUCAGAACCCCGACAAUAAGAGAGAGAUUUACUGUGAUGACACGCUGAAGACCAUUUUUGAUGGCAAGGACAAGGUUGAUUUUCCCGGAAUUGCAAAAUUGUUGUCCAACCACUUCCCAAAGUCUGCUUAAGGUUUACUAGGCGAGGCUUUUUAGUUUACGUAGAUUCUUGUGGUUUGUAUUCAACGUAUCGAUGUGCCCUAUGCAUCUCUUCUCUUACAUGCCUGUUGUCACGUGUUUUUGGGUAUGUGGUUAUGAAAUCUGGUGCAUUGACCAAAUGUUCAAUGAUGAAACUUCUUUGAAGAUACGCGACAGAUGUGAAGGGAUUUUGCACUUUGGCAAUGUUUUGAACCUUUGCAUCUUAUGGGAAAACUGAAGCCGUGAUCAAUGAUUGGCUAUUGAGUUCUUUACACAUUC